AUGGCGAGAUGCGGCGGUGGCCGCUUGACGAGUCAAGCGAGUCAAGCGGCACGAGCGGAGGCGGCCUUUAGAAGAUUGGAUCCAGAGACCCAUGCGGUGGGAAGCUUUCCAAUGUACGUCCUUUCUAUGGAAGCCUUUAUGAAUUUGACAUCGGCCAAGUCGCAUCGAGAUUUACAGGAGGAGGGCCUAUUGGUGAAGUACGAGGAACACUUGGGCAAUGCCAUCUUCGUCUCGCACCAAUGGACUGGUUUGAAGCAUCCCGACCCACACUUUCGCCAGCUUUCCAUGCUGCAAAAGGUCAUGUCACAGCUUCUGGGUUCUGAUCGGCCUGUCCGCUCCAGCAUCCUGUAUCUUUUAGCCCUGGGCUAUUCGCAGAAGAUUGACCCAAGGGAGUGGCGGGAGAAGCCUUUGCUGAUCUGGUACGAUUUCUUCAGCAUUCCUCAGUUGGAAAUGCGCAAGGCCUCGGCUGCUGGGACUGAUCUGCAAAAUGCAGUGCACAGCAUUCCGACCUAUGUGAUGAGGUCCAAAUUUUUCAUCGUUUUGGCGCCUCCUAUUGAACAUGCAGACACUGGCCAGCACUUGAAUCUUUCUACCUGGAAGGAGCGAGGGUGGUGUAGGCUCGAGCGUGCAGCCUGCGAUUUUCUGACGCCCAACACCAACAUCUUGGAGAUUACACGCCUGAACCAUCACAGUGUAAUGAUACCCUUCGACUGCUGGAAGCUUGCAUGCGCUUUAGCGUCAUAUUUUCCAAGUGUGUUUUAUUUGCAUUCGGACGCCAUCCACCUCCUUUUUCUGGCUGUUUGCGACGUCUUUGUUCCUAAAGUGUGCUGGAAAGCUGUCACUUUCGCUUGCUACUUUUUGGGCGGUCAAUGA